AUGAUAGGAAAAUUGCUUUCAGUUACAACCUGAAGCAAAUACACUAGGGUGCUAACAGAAGCCCAUUGAGUAUGUUUCUGAUUUAAAAACAAACAAACAAACAACAAAACUUCAUGAAGAAGGAUAUUUGACAGAGGAGAAGACAUAGCAGGAUAACACAAUUGCUUUUGAUGGCUGUUAUUCAAAUAGCAAAAAGGCAUUAAUUUUGCUGUCAAAUUAUUGGAGAAGGCAAAGGGGAGAUCAUUACUGAUUACUGAUUAGAUUACUAAUGUGGCAAUUUUAGGCAGUUUAGAAACGUUUGCAAAAACAUGCCUUCGUACACAUGCAUACCUUUAAAAAGGAGGAGGUGUUGUGCUAUGGAUAAUGUGGCACAGGUAGAGAUGAGUUUUUCAGCAUACACAGUAGAGUUGACACUGCAUGUGCACAUCCCAGUAUAUGGAUAAAAGCAAUACCUAUUAAAAAUUAAGAACAUUGCUGUUUUGGAAUAUGCAUUGUUCAACAAUUAACGGUCACUUCAGAAAACAGCUGUGCGUCCAGCCUGCCUCAUAAAUCUGGGAUGAUAACCAAUUCUGUACAGGAGAAAUCCUUGCAUUGUUUUUUGUAGCGCUCUGUUGUUUGCGGGAGAAAAACCGGGAUGAUGUAAGAACAGGUUUCAGAAACUAAUGCUAAAGAAUAGUGAAGACUUCAUACUUGGCAUGUGGUGAGGCGAAGCUAUCUGUAACAAAAUUAUAUGAUUGUUAUCUACUACACUCUUCUCCCCUUUUAAUAUAGCUACAAUAUUUGUACUGCACUGUUGUGUAAGUUAAAUUACCUGCAUUAAAAUAUCGUCUUUUACGCAUCUUACUUCAGGAAGGUGAAACUUAGGCUGAAGAUGACUGCGACUGGGGAAGUCAUAUGAUUCAUAUUAGAGCUGGAAGUUCUUCAUAAUGUGUCAGCACUGUGAUUUCAGUCUUACUGAUGAAAAAUUAAUGACGGAAUAUCAGAAACAUAUCAAUAGGCUUCAGAUGAGACUGAGCCGGGCAGAACAGAGGGCAGCUACAGCAUCACAAAAGCUCAGCACGUUAACUACAUGGAAGAGAAAGGCUACUUCUCUGAAGGAACUAGAAAAUAUUUAACACGAAGCAUCAAUAAUAUUCGCACCACAGUGGAGACAGGUGGUGUUGUCAUCGGUGUUGGUGGAGAUCUACAGCUUGAGAAAGGACAACUCGUCAAAGCUUUGCUAAGAAAGACAAGGCCAAGGCUUCAGGCAGACUUAAAUGACAAAGGCCUGAGAAAAUCACCUGGUGAAGGAUCUGUGUUCACAACAAGAGGUUAUAGUCUGAGUUGCAGUUACGUGUUUCAUGCUGUCACACCUCGAUGGUCAGAGGGAAGUGAAUCUGCAGUGAAGGCGUUUUCAAAUGAAUGUGAGAGACGGUGCGGCAGUGAUGUAGAUGAGGCUAGCGAAGGCACGGUUUUCUUUGGUUGCAUUUCAAGCCCAUCACAGGAUGUAUAUGAGAUGACAAUCGGCUCCAUGAAGUUCCAGGUGGCCGCUGGUGAUAUUACCAAGGAAACUGGAGAUGUCAUUGUAAACAUACCAAACAAAACUGUCAACCUCCAAACAGGCGUCUCUAAAGCGAUUUUGGAAGGUGCUGGGAAAGAGGUUGAAAAUGAGUGUGCUGAACUAGCCUUGCAGCCUAAUGAUGGCUAUAUAACCACCAAAGCAGGAAGCUUGCCAUGCCAGAAAUAAUUCAUUUUGUCACCCAAGGUGAUAUCAAAGUGCCAGUCUCCAAAGUGCUUCAGGAAUGUGAAUUACAGCAGUACGCCUCUGUUAGCUCCCCAGCAGUUGGAGCAGGUCAGGCAGGCUGUUUUCCGGACAUAGUCGCUGAUGAGAUGAUGGAUGCAGAAACUGACUGCAAGGAGGAACU